AUGAAGUUCGUCAUCCUCGCACUGCUAGUGGGUGUGGUGCAAUGCAUUCCCGUCGACAACGGUGUUGAAGGGGAGCCCGAGGUGGAAUGUGGACCUACGGCUAUCACCGUCAAUUUCAACACUAGGAACCCAUUCGAGGGUCACGUUUACGUCAAAGGUCUCUACGAUCAGCAGGAGUGUCGAAACGACGAGGGCGGUAGACAAGUGGCAGGGAUCGAGCUUCCAUUCGACUCAUGCAACACCGCGAGAACGAGGUCAUUGAAUCCUCGUGGAGUGUUCGUUUCAACCACAGUCGUCAUUUCCUUCCACCCUCAGUUUGUGACGAAAGUAGAUCGAGCCUAUCGCAUUCAGUGCUUCUACAUGGAGUCGGACAAGACUGUCAGCACCCAAAUCGAAGUUUCUGAUCUGACCACCGCUUUCCAAACGCAAGUCGUUCCAAUGCCCAUCUGUCGUUAUGAAAUUCUCGACGGCGGGCCAUCCGGACAGCCAAUUCAGUUUGCCACCAUCGGCCAGCAGGUGUACCACAAAUGGACUUGCGAUUCUGAGACCACCGACACAUUCUGCGCUGUGGUGCACACCUGCACUGUUGACGAUGGAAAUGGUGAUACAGUACAGAUCCUGAACGAGGACGGAUGUGCACUUGACAAGUUCCUUCUCAAUAACCUCGAGUAUCCUAGCGAUUUAAUGGCAGGACAGGAAGCUCACGUUUACAAAUACGCUGAUAGAUCUCAGCUGUUCUACCAGUGCCAAAUCAGUAUUUCCAUAAAGGACCCUGGAAGUGAAUGUCCUCGCCCGCAAUGUGCCGAACCAACUGGAUUCGGUGCCGUUAAGCAAGGCGGUGCUACGCCCACAGGAACAGCAGCCUCAGCGGGUGGAACAGCAGGAUCAGCACCGGGAGCAGCACCAGGAGCACCCGCUGCGGCAGCUCCAGCUACGGCCGCUGCCGGACCAGCCCAGCUGAGACUUCUGCGAAAGAGAGAAGCCAGCAAUGAGGCUGUUCUGGAUGUGAGAGCAGAGAUCAACGCUAUUGAAAUAACUGACCAGGACUCUCUGCCUCCUGCGCUUCGUUCGCUGAGUCCAGCUGCGCUCGUCAGCGAUCGUUUCGAUGCUUCAGUGUGCCUGUCCCCUCUGUCCUUCGCUGCCUUCAUAGGCCUUGGUACUCUAUUGGCUACAGCCCUAUCCGCAUUUGUCUUCUACUAUGCACGACCCCACAACAAACUAUAA